GUUGGAUGGUGUUGUAUCAGUAAAUUCGUUUCGUAAUUUAUCUUGGUACAUACACACUAACGGUGUGACCCUAUAAUUAUUAAUGUGUUAUAACUAAGUACAUAUAUCAUACCAUAACAUAAUUUAUCAUAUGGCUGUUGCCUGUUAGACACGCGGUUUUGUGUAGUGUUACUGAAUUUAUUUAAUAGUUAAUCAUGGCUACGAAAAAAUUUGCCGGUCCGUCUCCUUACACCAUGAAGACGACAUAUCCACCAGAAGAUUAUUUGCAUGCAGAGUACCUAAACUUCAGCACAAUGAAUCAUGGUGCGAAGUCCGAUGCCACACCAGUAAUAGCCGCUUUAUUCGGCCUCGGCAAAGCUGGCUCCAUCCAUAUGUCCAACAUCGUCGGGAACUCUCGCAUCAUAUUGAAAUAUAUAGUCGACGACCGCGUCGAGAUAUUUGACGAUAUCAGAAAAUACUGGAAUUUGGGCAAUGACGUGGUUUUAAUCACGUCGGCAGACGCGAAAAGGGUGUAUGAGGACAAAAGUGUAAACAUAGUACUGAUUGCGUCUCCCACUUGGACCCACGGGGAUAUUGUUGUCAAUUCUAUCAGCAAUAACAAAGAUGUAUUUUGCGAGAAACCUAUAACGGAGAGCAUUGAGAAAACUUCUCAAUGUUACGAGGCAGCGAGAGCCAGAGGGCGCAAGUUGUAUACGGCUUUCAAUAGAAGGUUUGACCCGGCCUACAGGGCUCUUAAGGAAAGGGUGAGGAAGGGAGAAGUGGGCCAUGUACAGAUAUUAAAAGUGGUGGCGAGAGACUCGCCUAUCCCUUCUAUCGACUAUUUGAAAGUUUCAGGGGGUUUCUGUCGAGACUCCUUAGUCCACGACAUCGACAUCACCUGCUGGGUGUUGGGAGAGCUACCCAUUCGCGUCCAGGCUACUGCCUCAGCGCUCAUCCCCGAAGUAAAGGCUAUAGGGGACGUCGAUACUGUGGCCUAUAUGUUUACUUUCCCGUCUGGAGCUGUGUCCUUGGGUGAUAACAGCAGAUAUUCCGCGUAUGGAUACGAUCAAAGACUUGAGGUGUUUGGUAAUAAAGGCAUGAUAAAAGUUGAAAACGAAAGGCCGUGCCACUCGACGGAGGCUUAUAUAGGCCAAGAUGGCGUCAAAUUGACUCCGAUAUUCCAUUGCUUCCCUUCACGAUUCCGACUGGCUUACAAAUACGAGUUGGAACAUUUCCUGGAUGUCGUUCAACACGAUGUGCCCAUGGACGUGACCAGCUGGCAGUCGUACGCUGUCCACAAGAUAUCAGCUGCCACAGCAGAAGCCGCUAAGACUGGACAAGCAGUCGACAUUGACUGGUCCAAAGACAACAUUCCCGCAGUUUACUCAUAAAUUGUAUUCAAAAUUAAGUAGUUGAUUCCUAAAGCUUGUAUAUUUUAAAAAAUUCGCCUGAUUCGCCGGUCGUUUUGUUCGCACGUUCCGGCUUAAAUAAAUCCGGUUCCGGAUAAAAGUCAUAACAAAUUAUUAAAUACCUAAACCUUUCUCGGGGAUCUCACCGCGUGUUGUUUUUGAGUUUAUCACGAAACAUAAAACUUGUAGUUAGCACGUUAUUGUGUCCACAUCCAAUCAUUCGUUCGUCCUCCUAAUUUUUAAUAUAUGUAUAAGACCUAUAUUUGUUAAUUGACGUCCUUGGAGAAAAGGCUGCGGUGAAGUUUGUUGCGCCGCUUCUUCUUCACCUGCGCUUUGGAAGCCGGCAGUAGACUUAGUUUAAGUAAUUUUUGACGUCAAUAAGUGAUGUAUGUCAUCCUAAAUUGAAUAAAGAAUUUUGAAUUUGAAUUUUUAACCCCCGACGCAAAGAGGGGUGUUAUUUUAGUUUGACAGCUAAAUGUGUCUGUGUACGUGGCACCGUAGCACAACAACGUGUGAACCGAUUUGGAUGCGUUUUUUUUUAUUUGAUAGAAAAUUUUUAUGCGGUGGUUCUUAGAUAUAUUUGAUCAAAAUCGGUUCAGCCGUUCAAAAGUUGUAGCGAAAUGAAUAUUGAAAGUCGGGGGGUUUUUAUUUGUCUAACAAAUAAACGAUCAGUACACUAUAUGGGCAAGAGGCAGCGUGUGGACGUUACGUCACGUGCUACGUGUGUACAUUUGUUUCGUGGUAGGCCUUCGGUAAAGGACUUAAACUACUACAUAUUUUUUAAAACAAAGACGCUUGCUGACUCUCAAAUGGAUUUCGAAAAUAAAUGUUUCUGAUUAUUA